AUGAGGAGAGAUAAUGAGAGCAGUGUACUUGAAUUUAUCCUUCUGGGGCUUUCCAUCAGGCCAGAGGAGCAAGGCCUGUGCUAUGCCCUUUUCCUGGCCAUCUACCUGACCACCGUGCUGGGGAACCUGCUCAUCAUCCUGCUCAUUCGGCUGGACUCCCGCCUCCACACCCCCAUGUACUUCUUCCUCAGCCACCUGGCUUUCACUGACAUCUCUUUCUCCUCUGUCACAGCGCCAAAGAUGCUCAUGAACAUGCUGACUCAGAGCCGGUCCAUCUCAUAUGCUGGGUGCAUUUCCCAGGUGUAUUUUUUCUUACUUUUUGGAGAUCUCGACAACUUUCUCCUCACCUCAAUGGCCUAUGAUAGAUAUGUGGCCAUCUGUCACCCUCUGCACUACACCACCAUCAUGAGUCAGAAGCUGUGCUUCCUGCUAGUUAUUGUGUCCUGGGCCUUGUCCUUUGCAGUUGCUAUUGUGCACACCCUCCUCCUAACAAGAGCAAUGCCAGGGGAGAACCACAGCACUGGAUCGGGGUUUCUCCUCCUGGGCCUCCCCAUCCAGCCUGAGCAUCAGGGCGUGUUCUAUGCUCUGUUCCUGGCCAUGUACCUGACCACGGUACUGGGGAACCUGCUCAUCAUUCUGCUCAUCUGGCUGGACUCCCGCCUCCACACCCCCAUGUACUUCUUCCUCAGCCACCUGGCUUUCACUGACAUUUCCUUUGCAUCUGUCACGAUCCCAAAGAUGCUGACGAGCAUGCAAACUCAGGACCGAUCCAUCUCCUAUCCAGGAUGUAUAGCACAGAUGUAUUUUUUCAUAUUUUUCACAGAUAUGGACAACUUCCUCCUCUCUUCAAUGGUGUAUGACCGGUAUGUGGCCAUCUGUCACCCUCUGCGCUACACCACCAUCAUGAAAGAGGAGCUGUGUAUAUUGCUAGUCGCUGCAUCCUGGGUCCUGUCCUGUGCCAGUGCCUUGUCUCACACCCUCCUCUUGGCCAGGCUCUCCUUUUGUGCGGACAACACGAUUCCCCAUUUCUUCUGUGAACUUGCCGCUUUACUCAAGCUCUCCUGUUCAGACACCUCCCUCAACGAGCUGAUCAUUUUCACAGUUGGAUUGGCUGUCAUUACUAUCCCACUUCUGUGCAUCUUGAUCUCUUACGGAUGCAUCGGGGCCACCAUCCUGAAAGUUCCAUCCACCAAAGGAAUCUGGAAAGCCUUGUCCACCUGCGGCUCCCAUCUCUGUGUGGUGUCUUUAUAUUAUGGCACGAUUAUAGGAGUUUACUUUAUCCCCUCCUUUGAUACUACCAAUGUCAAAGACAUAGUUGCUUCUGUGAUGUUUACAGUAGUCACCCCAUUGCUCAACCCCUUCAUUUAUAGCUUGAGGAACAGAGACAUGAAAGGGGCCCUGGAAAAGCACAUCCACAGGGUAAAAAUCACGUCUCAAUGA